AUGUCAUACCCGUGGCCACACUCGUCCGAUCCAAACUGGCAAUGGAGCCAACAGUAUUAUCAGCAAGAGUCACAUUACGGUCACGAGCAGCAACAGCAACAACAGAACUAUUAUAACGCACCGCCAGCACCCGUAGACCAAAACGGGUAUUACAAUCAGCAGCAACCACAGCAACGAUACAAUAGUGCACCACACUCGGAAUCAUUUGUCCACCAAUUACAAUCGCAAACGCAGCAAAGACAAAGCUUGGGUGCAUUAGCUGCUGCUUCAAUCAGCUCAGCGUUGCGAUCUCCACAGUCUUUUGAUUCAUACCAACAGCAACAACAACUUGAACAGCAUUACCAGUAUCAACCACAACCACAACACCACCCAUAUUAUCACCAGCCCAAACAACAACAACAACAACAGCAGCAGCAGCAACAACAGAUCACGAAUCAACCUGACUAUACCCAACGAUCGGUCGUUGCUUAUGAUGAUCUAUCAACUAGUAACACAACACCACAAAGCACUUUUUGUUGCAAUCGCUAUUACCGCUCAGCUAAAGCUAUUGAGCAACACGAAGCACAGCAUAUCAAAUGUUCCGAGUGCUCCUUUGCAGCCAUCAAGUCUGUGUUAGACGAGCAUUUAGCAACUGAGCACGGCAUAGGCGAAUCAAAGAAAAAGUCCAAACCGGAUGGCGUUAUUCCGCCGAAUGCGCCCAAGAUUGAUACACCCGAAGCUCUGACUGCAUGGAUUGAGGCUCGAAAAAAGAAUUGGCCUUCAAAAGCUAAUGUAGAACGCAAGCAAAAAGAAUCAGAAGCGCGAAAAGCACGUGGUCAACUCGCGGACUCAAAGAACAGCAAAAAGCGUAAACGCGAGGAAAAAGAACCAAAAAAAGAAGGUGUAUUGGGAGCGCUUGGCGAUUAUGGAUCGGAUGACAGUAAUAAUGAAGCUGAUGACGACGACGAAGGCGAGGAUGGAAGUGUGGACUUGGAGCAGGACGCAGUUACAUCCAAGGAUCCUUCAAGUAUGGGCAAAAUCGCGCUACCAGAGAAGCCACAGCGAGCGGGCCCUCGUUGCAGGGCGUUUAUGAGGGGAUCAUGUAGAUAUGGAAACAAGUGUCGAUAUGUCCAUGAAAAACCACAGCGACAACAUAAUCAACAACAAAACAAUAACGUCAGACCUGUACAGAAACGACCCAACCUUUUGCGAAUGUUGCUAUCAAAAGAGAUCCGUGAAGAGCAUAAUGUUAUCUUGCAGUGCUUCCGGCAUAUGGUGGAUAAUGAAUUUUAUGGUAAAGGAGAUUCUCAACAACAAAAUUAA